AUUAUUAUACAUUCGAAUAAUAUAAUGAAUAUGAUCUCUCUCUCUCUCUUUAUUCUAUGUCAAAAGUUUCCAUCUUUUUCUUCUCUUUCUUUCUGUUUUUUUCUCCACAAAGUUUCUGAAUUAAAGCUGAAAAUUUAACCAAUUUUGCAGUACAUAGAUUCUUUUUCCUUUUUUCAUCUUAGAAGUGAUUAAAAUAAGCACUUAUGCUGCUUAGAAACAGAUCAAGAGCUGUAACCAAACAAAGUCUAAUGGGUGAACAACAAUCACCAAGUCAAAACUUCACAAACACAAUCCCUUCUCUAUUUGGUUCAUCAAACUAUAGAGACUUUCAUUUCACUUCCAAAAAAGCUGAAUCUUUGAUAAGUCCAACAUCGAUUCUUGACACAAAAGCUUUAUCUCAUUUUGAGAAUCCUUUCUCAGUUAACAAUAGGAACAACAACAACAACAACAAAGUUUGUAGCUCAAGGGACAAACUAGAUUCGAAAAACGUAGGACUUGGUCUUGUUGGUGUUCUAAAAGAUGAACAGCCUUUUCAUCAAAAUUCUGAAAAAAUAAGGAAUAGAAAAGUUCUGUUUGGAACUGAUCAGCUUAGAGUGAAAAUCCCUCCUCUACCAACUUCCACGUUUGAGUCAAAAAGUGAUUUUGGUAGCAAAAUGAAUUAUUCUUCAUCAUCAGAAAAAGGUGUUCUUAGUUUGAGUGAAAUGGAGGUUUAUGAAGAAUACACAUGUGUGAUAUCUCAUGGAGCAAAUCCAAAAACAACACAUAUAUUCGAUAAUUGUGUUGUGGGAAGUUACUGUUCUGUCCCUAAUAGUCCUCACUCUUUUUCACUUGAUUUUCUUAGCUUUUGUUACACUUGCAAAAUUCAUCUUCAGCAUACAAAAGACAUCUUCAUUUACAGAGGAGAAAAAGCUUUUUGCAGUCAAGAAUGUCGUAACCAAGAGAUGAUGUUAGAUGAAGGAGAAAAUUAAGAAAUUAAUUUUGCGUUUUUAUAUAUAUUUUUUUUAUGUUCUAUUUGUGUGAUUUUUUCUUGUUGUAUCCUGCAAAUAGAGAUAAAAGAGGAUGUAUUAUUGUAGAGUUCAUUUCAAGAAAUAAGUACUAAUAUUACUAUUGAA